ACUUCCGGUGCAGUCACUGCGCAGGCGUGGCAUGCGCAUUGUCUUCGUUCGAUGCCCUCGAAGUGGGUGCUGCGAUAAGAGUUGUUGAUAAGGAAGCGUCGACCGUUGUAUUCGGGUAUCAUGGCAGAGCUCACCGUGGACUCGAGCGUUAUUCCUGACGUUGAAACCAAGAAGUUGAGCGAGCUGCGGGUUAUCGACCUGAAGGCCGAGCUGAAGAGGCGGAAUUUGGAUAUCGGCGGGAACAAGAGUGCUCUCAUGGAGAGGCUGAGGAAGGCUAUUGAAGAGGAGGGAGGAAACCCAGAUGAAAUAUGUUCUGAAACUCCGAGCAAAAAGACCCCAAAACGAAGUGGAAGAGUAGUUCGAAAACAAGAGGAGGAAGCUGAAGAUAAUGGCUUAGAAGAAGAUUCAGGAGAUAGCCAGGAAAAUGAAGAGACAAGUUUGGAGCAAGAAAAUGAGAAAGUGCUCGAGAUAUUGGGGGAAAGUGAUAAAUCUGAACAGCUUAAAGAAGAGGCUCCAGAAGUGGAGGAGUCAGUUGAUCAAGAUAACAGUUGUGAUGAAUCCCAGAAGACAGAGGAAGAGGUUUUUGUCACCAUUGAAUCUGCCGAUAACACAUUAGAUUUAGAUGAUGAAACAAAUAAAGAUUGUGAAGCUGAAGAAACGAUUCCUCUAGGUCCAGAUGAUAGGGAGUGUUUAGAACAGAAUAUGAUAAAGGACACGGACUCUGAAAUGGCCAUAGAUAGCGCAGGUGGUCAGAGUAGCCAAAUGGAACACAUUCUUGAUAAUUUGGAAGAUGAGAUGAAGACGCAAGCUGAGGAAGAGGCUAAAGAUGGUGAGCAGGCAUUGAAGAAUGAAAACACAGAAGCAGCAUCUACUAAAGUAUCCUCUGCAAAAGAGGACGAUCAGAAAAUGAGUUUGACUGAAGAGGAAGCUGAUGGGAACCUCAAAACCGACGAGAAAGGGCUAAUUGGGGCAAACAGUUCUGGAAGAAAUCUUUGGGUUAGUGGCCUCUCCUCUACCACAAGAGCAACAGACUUAAAAAAUCUCUUCAGCAAGUAUGGCAAGGUUGUUGGUGCAAAGGUGGUAACUAAUGCUCGCAGCCCUGGUGCUCGCUGCUAUGGAUUUGUAACUAUGUCAUCUUCAGAGGACGCAACAAAAUGUAUUAAUCAUCUACACAGAACAGAGCUUCAUGGAAGGAUGAUUUCCGUGGAAAAAGCAAAAAAUGAGCCUGCUGGUAAGAAACCUUCAGAAAAAAAAGAAAGCGAGACAAAGAGGUCAUCAAGCAGUGACCAGCGGCGCUCAACAGACAAGUAUGAAAAGUCUUCCCCAAGCUUAAAGGAUGAAACUUCUGAUAAAGGUGAUGAUAAAACGGCUGAUAAGGAAAAAGCCAAGGAUGACCACAGGAGUGAUCGAUCUAGGACUAGCAAGUCAGGGAGUAGAGGCACUGAAAGGAUCGUCGUUAUGGAUAAGUCAAAGGGAGAGCCUGUAAUCAGUGUGAAAACAUCUGACUCAAAAGAAAGGAGUUCCAAAAGUCAAGACCGAAAAUCUGGAAGCAAAGAAAAGAAAGAAAUACUAUCCUUUGAAAAAAUUAAAGAGCAGAGGGAGCGUGAGCGGCAGAGGCAGAGAGAGAGAGAGAUAAGAGAAAUGGAGAGGCAGAGGGAAAGGGAUAGAAGAGUACGAGAGAGACUUUUCAUGAUGCGUGAAAGAGAAGAGCGAGAGCGAUUAAGAAGAGAACGUGUCAGACUUCAGUUUGAAAGGGAAAGACUUGACAGAGAGCGAAUGGAGCGGGAAAGAUUGGAAAGGGAGAGAAUGCGAAUCGAGGAGGAGAGGCGAAUUGAACAAGAGCGUAUCCAAAGAGAAAGAGAAGAAUUAAGACGCCAGCAGGAGCGUUUACGUUAUGAGCAGGACCGACGAGGGGUGAGAAGGCCUUAUGAUGUGGAUGGAAGGAGAGAUGAGCCAUACUGGCCGGAUUCAAAACGAAUGGCUUUGGAUGAUCGGAAUCGAGAUUUUGGAAGACCGGACAGAUUUCAUGAUUUUGAGAAUAGAGAUCGUGGUCGAUAUAUGGAUCAUAUGGACAGGAGGGACGAUUCAAGGUCUGGCAUGGGUGGCAGAGAUAUGAAUUACUCAGAUCGGCAUGGGAGAGAUCAGCGUGAUGGGUGGGGAGAUUAUGAUAGGCGUGCAGAUGAUGGAAGAGCUGUGCCACCGCCAGGAAGGGAUGGACGUGAUUGGGGCGAACAUGGUCGCAAGGUGGAAUCUGAUAGAUCAAGACCAGGUGGCCGUGGUAUGCCAGGUUCCUCAGGACAGAUGAACAGAGGAGGAGUGCAUGGGUUUCUUCCAAAUGAAAAUUCGCAAAAUUUAUCGGCAGUGGGACUUCAAGGCGGAAACUUUGGAGGACAGAACAGACCCAAUGAACCACGGUUUCCACACCGUUACUAAACAUUUUAAAUAUUUCUUGGAGGACUUUUUUUUUUUUUUUUGAACUUUUUUCCUGAUUUUUUUUUUUUUUUUUUUGAACUUUCGUUCGUUUUAAGUUUUUCUUGUAUGUGGGGUUUCUAGAGGCUUUCUGCCUCACAGUACAGGUCUUUUAAAAUCCUUAACUGAAUCUCUUUAAUACUUCUGAUAAAAUUUUGUUUAUAGCAUGAUCCUACUAUUCCAGUUUUACAGCCGUGAAAAGAAAGUUUCGUCUUGUGCAGAAGAUAGAAGUAAAAAUGUUGGAGGAGACCUAAGCAGCCAUAGCCUUCAAUCACACAUAUUUAGUGCUCUGUAAAUAAGACUUCUCUCUUCACCACGUUUGCUUAUUAGUGUCAUUAAUAUAGUGUUAAUGUGAGCCAACCCUUUUUUUUUAUGAUAUGCUGUGCUUGUAUUAUCAGACGACCUUGUCUUGUAGAAGAUGUAUUUGCUCAUAAGCCAUUAAAUGGGAACUAAAAUGUUU